ACGGCUCUUUUCCUCAAGAAGAGAGCGGAAAAUCAUAGGCGGCUGGGCCCGUUCACGUUCAGUCGGUUUUUCCAGAGACAUUUCCCAGUAAUUACCUCUUUUCGAGUGUCGAGUUUUCACGCCAGAGAUGCUGUGACUGGCCUCAGUCCAUUUUCAGGCCAUGCCGUGGCCGGGCAUACCCUUAAGAAUCGUCCUGGUCCUUCUUGCUGCAUUCUUGAAGCCACCAGGUGUAACUAGCGAAGGAAAUGUUGGUUGUUUGUUCAGCAACAGACUUUGUCUGGAAGAUGAAUGGUGUUUCGAUGAUUACGCUUUCGGACGAUGCACUCCAACAGGAGACGUAAACGAAGAAGAUGUAUUCAGAUUCGACCUCAAAAGAGACGAGCUCCACGAACUGAAGAGGGAGUUACAGCGUCUCUUCGCCCUUGGUUACAGAUGGAGCCACGGAUACACGCAAUGUCGAUUACAGGCCAUGCUCUACGCUAUGAAGCACGACACGCCGUUCGAGGAGGACGUCUGUUCCCAUCUUUCCGAUCAGGAUCUGGAAGGGGCCCUCAAAGCUAUGGACCUACAAGAUCCCAUGGAUCCGAGGGAGGUCGCCAUCAUAAAAUACACGCCUAGUGUCGAGAAGAGCCAUGGGAAGUACGCGGACGAAGUUUACUAUCCACCGGACGUUGACUUAUCUGGAAGGGAGGCUCUGAGGAACAAGAUCUUGGGAUCCAAUCCGGUCGACAUACUCGACAUGCCCGAUCCAUACGCGGACUACCAGGUCAUGAAGCGCGCUUGGAUACCCCAAAUGCACAGACGUUCGCCUCCCGUGAUCACCAUCAAGAGUACGAGGGACUUCGACAACGACCCUCUGGAAUUCCUGCAAGCUCCGACGUUCCAGGAGAAGAUAGUGGCGGACGACAAUUUUCGGGAAGGGAUGGGUUCGGACGUACAACAGGAGGGUCCGCGCCUGUUGUCCUUUCAGGACAUGAUGGAUAUUUAUCCGUUGAUCAAGUACCUCAACGAGAACUACUUGUCGCCGUCCGAUCUAAGGAGGAUCUUGUCGCCGGACAGUUACGAGCAGCUUGAGAGACUUCUGGAAGACUUCGACCACACCUUCGCCAGACACGACUACCGCAUAGCGGACCUCGAAGAGCAGCUGGCGAAAGAGAACGAACUGACGCCCGAACGCUUCUCCAUGACGUACAACACCCCCGACAAGUUCAGGGAGGGUUGGGAGUCCAGGGAUUCCCUGGAAUUCAUCAACCGUCGCGAGUCGCAGGAUGCGGACGACGAGAUCUGGAGGUCCGGGCCGAACGAAAUCUUCAGGGAGCUCAAGAAAGUCCAGCUGCCGUCGAGGAGGAACGAGGAGGACGAGGAGGGCGGCUACGGCGGCGUGUUCAGGGAGCAGAGCAAGCACGGAAACGAACGCUGGACGGACGUCAGGAAGCAGCAUCCCUCUUCCAGCCAGCGUACCGGCGUCUAUACGGAGGGUGGAUUCGUUUAUCCCUCGGAUACGAUGAACGGCAAAUCAUCAAAGGAAUCUCUGAGCGGAGACCUGGAAAAGCUGCUAGAAAAAAAUAGUAACUUUGGCUUUAAAAGACCCGAAAGGCUCGACGUUAAAAAACCUGGACCGAAGUUUCCCCAACACCCUCACGAAGAUCUCAAGCGCAAAGGUUUCAUUAAUGACGAACAUAUGUACAUGCCUUCCAUGAUGAAAAAAGGACCGAGAGGGGCGCCGCACCCGAACCCCUACAAGGGCGACCAGUUCGACAUGGAGGAGUCAAACGCCGAUUACGUUUUCGUCGGUUUCAACAAAAACUUCGACACGUGGGGUCAGGGGGAGGAGGUGAUAAGGAAGAUCGCCUUCAUGCUGCACCUGGAGCCGUCCAGCUUCGAGAAUGGCCAUGUCAUCAAAAAUGUGGUCACAUUCAAAGUAUUGCCCAACAGUAAAGGACUGAACGCGUCUGAGGUGGCCCACAGAAUUCGUGCACUGAAGGAUAUCAUGAGUACAGAAAAAGGUUUGACCAUCAUCGACGCAGGGAUAAAGGAUAAGGAAAAGAUGCAAGCCGUGCUGGCCGCGCCCAUGAUCAACGACAACGAGUUCUACAUCGUCAUCUUCAUGGUUUGCGGGGUGCUAGGCGCCAUGAUCGUUGCUGCGGCCCUGCUGAUCAUCAUCCGUAAGCAUAUCAAGUCGAAGGAGAAACUGCAGGGUCUGAGCAAACCGGACACGGAAGCGAGCAAGGAUUACCAGGAUCUGUGCAGGGCCAGGAUGUCGGCCAAGGGGCAGCCUUCUGGCGAGAGCGUACACGGGAGGAUAACGAGCCUGUCCAAGGAAUCAGAGCAGAGUCCAUCUAGCAGAUCCAGCACAUCGUCCUGGAGCGAAGAGCCAGCGUUGCACAACAUGGAUAUUUCGACAGGUCACAUAGUGCUGAACUACAUGGAAGACCAUUUAAAGAACAAGGACCGUCUGGAGCAGGAAUGGGUGGCGCUGUGCGCCUACGUGGCCGAACCAUGCGCCACGACCGUUGCCCUGAGGAAGGAGAACGCGGGCAAGAACAGAUACCCGGACAUCGUACCAUACGACCACUCGAGGGUGAUCCUGAACGAGCUGUCGAACGCUAACGGAUCCGACUACAUAAACGCGUCCAGUAUAACGGAUCACGACCCCAGGAAUCCAGCCUACAUCGCCACCCAGGGGCCGUUGCCCCACACGUCGGCCGACUUUUGGCAGUUGAUCUGGGAGCAGGGGGCCGUUGUCAUAGUGAUGCUGACAAGACUGACCGAAUCCGGGGUGGCCAUGUGCCAUAGAUAUUGGCCCGAAGAAGGGUCGGAAAGGUACCACAUCUACGAAGUGCAUCUCGUCUCGGAGCACAUAUGGUGCGACGACUACCUAGUGCGUUCCUUCUACCUGAAGAACCUGAGGACGGGAGAGACCAGGACGGUCACUCAGUUCCACUUCCUCUCCUGGGCUGAGACGGGUGUGCCUGCGUCUACGAAGGCCUUGCUCGAGUUUAGGAGAAAAGUUAACAAGUCGUACAGAGGCCGGUCUUGCCCUAUCGUAGUACACUGUAGUGACGGUGCAGGUAGAACAGGCACCUAUUGUCUAAUAGACAUGGUACUAAGUAGAAUGGCGAAAGGAGCCAAAGAGAUAGAUAUAGCAGCUACCUUAGAACACCUUAGAGAUCAGAGAGUGAAAAUGGUGGCAUCUAAGCAGCAGUUUGAGUUUGUAUUGACCGCCGUAGCAGAGGAAGUGCACGCCAUCUUAAAAGUGCUACCGCCGCAGCCAACUGCACCGCAACCGGACAAAGAGAAAUAAUCACCGCGAUCAAUAAAUACAACAAAGUCAAUGCGAUAAAAAGGGAAACAUGGUUUUAGAUGUCCCGAGCUGAGAACGGCUCGGCCAGAUGAGAAUACGCGCUUUAUAUUAAACACCUAUAAGGCUUGAAGUUGUUUCUUGCGAUUUUUCGUAUUUUCUUUGCUGUACUGUACUCAUCGACUAAGUGUAUUUACAUAGAAUUUUCCCCGCAGAUUUCCCAGAAUCUUAUCAUUGUAAAUGUUUCAGGAGAACUCAGAUACCUGAACAAAAUUUUAUGCAAAGUGUUAUUGGAACAUAUAUAGAAUUAUCGUAUAUUAUUGUUGUGUUUAAGUUUUCAUAUUUUACAUUGUACGCGAGUGGUUUUCUUCAAUUGGGGGUCUUGAACAUUCCGAAGGUUCGAUAACAGCUUGCGCGACCUUCUCCUGCCAUUUUGUGAGAGAAUUCUGAGGUACUUUCCUGUCGUUUGGUUGAUAGGUUUUCCAAUACCCCCUUCCUUAAUUAGGAUAUAAGACUUGGUUCAAUUGAAGUUCUGGAUUAGGGACCUUUGAAACCCGAUUUUCAAGACACAUCGAAUCAUGACACUGUCUCGAACUUGCUGAAGACACGUUGGAACAGUUCAGGCUCUGGCAACUUGUCUUGGAUGCAAGAUCUUCAAAUCAUCACAUUUCUUCAUCGACUAAUCCCCCUCUCCUUUCACUGUAUUCGUUGUUUUUCCCCUCGAAUCACGAGGGCUUGUAUAAUAAGUGGGUAUUAAUCAAAAACUUCCGGAUUAACGACACAAUGAGGGAAGAUAAUGAACAGGCGAGAAUUUCAAGACAAAAUCCGUCGGUCUUAGGCUCGCCGCGAUUCAAAUGCAAACAUUCCAUUUCAACGUUCACCUUAACUCGUUUAAGUUUCGUCUAAACUCCCAUCUCUCUGGUUUCCAGCCUCCCAGAAAGACGGGAGUUUAGCCCGGACGCGGGCAGAUCGCCAUUUCUCUGGUAUCCAGCCUCCCAGAAAGAUGGAAAUUCGGCGUCGUCGAACUGGUCACGGUAGGAUCUCAAUUUGGAGCAAUCGACCAGCGAUCGAUUCUUGUUCUAAGUUGAGGGUCUACCGGGAGACUUCGAAACCGUAAAUUUCAGACUGAAAAUUUUCUCUUCGUGCGAGAGUCGAUCGAUUAAUUUAUUGGUGUUUGGCCCCGAUUAAGCACCGGCGUCCUUCUCAAUUCCGACGCGUGCUUUCUGCGGCAGUCCACAUCUGAUCCUACAUAUAUAUGGAAAUAUGAAUAUAUUUAUGGAUUUAAGAGAAGAAGAGGUAUAAUUACAGAUGUUUCCAAUAUAUAUUAACUAUUUUGUCAAAGGAACUAUACUAAAGGAAAAUGUAAUUUUAUCGAUAAAUUAAUGUACUGAAUCUAUCUAGAUUAGUGUAUUUAAUGUAAAGUAUUUGAAUGUAAACAGCACAAUGGUUGCCA